UCUUCUGGGCGGGAUCACGUUCCCACAAAACAGCUGCAGGGUUCCUCCACCCACUAGUUCAUCUGUCUGAUAGCGGAGCUGCUACAACCCAACAACAUGCUGGUGCCGGUUCUGCUGGUGUCCCUGGUGCUGUGUCUGCCCCACGCAGCCGCACUUGCUGACCGCGUGCCCCGCUCCUGCGGCCAAUGUGACCCUGCACUGUGCACACCGCUACCACCUGAAGGUUGCAAGUUUGGAUCCCUGCCAGAUGCAUGUGGCUGCUGCUCAUCCUGCGCUUCUGGGGAGGGGGAGCCCUGUGGUGGUCGUGGUCCUGACAGCAGGCGCUGUGCCCCAGGGCUUGAGUGUUCACGGGGUGAACGUGGAGAGCGGGGCAAGAGGAGCAAGGCAGGUUCGAGCUCAGGAGUAUGCGUGUGCAGAAAUGCAUACGAGGUGUGCGGGUCAGAUGGGAUCACGUACCAGACCGCGUGUGAGCUGCGGGCAGCCAGCGUGAGGGCAGUAGCCCGGGGGGAGCUAGAAGUGCGAGUGGAGAGUAAAGGCAAAUGUGGACAAGCGCCCGUCAUUGUGACAAAUCCCGGGGAGAUCUGGAACGUGACCGGCUCUCAGGUGUACCUCAGCUGUGAAGCCACAGGCGUCCCCACCCCUGUCCUUACCUGGAAGAAGCUCUCUGAGACGACGGGGAAGGCGGAGCUGCUCCCAGGUGACCGUGACAACCUGGCCAUACAAACCCGCGGGGGGCCAGAGAAGCACGAGGUCACAGGCUGGGUGCUGAUCUUGCCCCUCACCAAGGCGGAUGGCGGCUCGUACCAGUGCCACGCAGCCAACCCCAAGGGAGUGGCAUCGGCGGUGGGUAGCAUACAUGUGGUAGACUCCAUGGAGGACAUCCCCACCAAGACAGCUAAGGAUGAGGAGCUCUGAAGCUGCCCAGCAUGGCAGACAGCAGGAGGAGAAUCCUACCUGGAUCACACAGCUCUGUGGACCUCCAGAUCAGGAACAAAACAAUAACUUUUUCCAAAUUCAGCCACCCUUUCCCCCAUGCAUAAACACACGUAUACACACAUUAGCAGAGAUCACAGCACUGAGGAAGAGCAACAUGUGGCUUUAGCAAACACACUCCUCCUCCUCCUCCCCACCUGUAUAUACACACGCUGCUGGAGAUCACUGCACCAAAGAGGAAUAUUUGCCCCAUCGCACAGAGACCACCCCUUCUCUGUCCUUCAGCAUUUCACAAGAACACUUCUUACUCCAAGAGAAAAUUGUACCAGAGGAAAAGAAUAUGUCAAGUUGUGCAGAUGAA